AUUUGGGAAAUGUUUUGCUUGAAAAGUGUGUUUGGGGUAUACAUAUAUUUGUGAAAGGAAAAAUCCCUGCAAUCCUUGAGAGAAAUAUUGUCUCUAAUACCUUCUUCUCUGAGCUCCUCCUUGUGCAUGAAAUUUAACAAAACAAUCUGUAGCCUCUCCAGGAAUGAUUCCUAAUGUAUGAUAGUAGUCCACUGUGAAUACGUUUUCCUAACAUCCUGUAUUUUGCUGCAUAAUACAUUUAACUUAUCCCAAUACCUAGGCCAUAGCAUUCAAAGUCAACGAUGCCUAUCGAGCUGCUUUAAUAUGAGUAUUGUAAAAGCAAUCUAUAAAUAGAAAUUUGUAAAACUAUAUAGCUAGAAAUAAGUAGCAUUCUAUUGUACUUCAUAUUCAGAUUUUUUUUUUUUUUGCCAUCCCACCCUCAUACACCACUUUUUACAACAAAGGUACACCCAUGUCUUUCACAAAUGUAUACUAAAGAGAGUAGAAAACAACUUAUUAGCAAAGGGUUUAGCAUUUACUGAAACUUGAAGGAGUUCAAUAUUGUCUUAAAUCAUUGUAAUGCUCUUUUGCUAAUUAACAUAUGUAACGUGACCAGAUGUCACCUCAGACUGUUUUUCACUUGCAGAACCUGCUCUGCACAUUUGCACAUAGUGAAACAAAACUAUCUGUUCUACACCCAUCUCAGGACUUCAGAUACUUUCUUCCUAAAAAAAGCUACAAACCUUUUGUGUUAUUGUUCCAUUUCCAAGAUACAAGGUAAAAUGGGUUGGGUGUAGAACAGUCUACCGAGUACAAAUACUGACCACAAGCAGCAGUAACAACAAAAAUAACACAGACAUCGGCUGAAGAAAUCAUGCUAACAGUCUGUAAUGGACUAAAUGUGGUAUAACUGAAAAUUUGUAUUGUUGGAUUAAACACUGGCAAACUUAUGCUGAAGAAACAUGGCGUCUAACGCAGACGUCACUACAACAAAAGACUUUGGUUCUGGAUCAGGAUCAGCACAGAAGGACUCAAGCCAGCUUAGACAUGAUCUCCUUUCGUUUUUGAAAACACUGGGACUUGAAAAGUACUACCCAAACAAGCUGACUCUGAGGGCUUUACUGGAAAUCAACAGUGCCACUCUGUCUGAUGAAGAGAUCAACUCACUGCAAGCAAUACCAUGGGCCUUCCUAAGAAACUUACUGAUGGUUAAUUCGAAAUCAAGAUCCUUACUAUCUGCACUUUGUGAAAAAGAUGAAGCAGAUGACUUGUUUAGUGAUGAGGACAAUGAUGGUAGCUUUAACCUUCUAGAUCUUCACACUGCCCUCUUUUUCUGUGCAGAUAGUUUUCUCCAGCAAGAAAUGGCACUUAAAAUGUCAAUGUGCCAGUUUGCGAUACCAUUUGUGUUGCCUCAAGGAGUACAUAAUCGAAGCACUCUUAUGUUAUGGGCUCUUAGAUGUAUCUUAAAAGAAUGGCGUCCCCAUUCAAUGUCAGAAUCUAAAGGGUUUGUUGAAGACAGUGUUGUUCAUGCAGAAAUUCCCUUGAUAUCAUUUGCAAGGUUAAGCAACUGCAGCUUGUCCAAGUCACAGGUUUUGAACCAAGUGCUCAACAAUUCAGAGCAGCACCAUGACUUCUUUUCUCACCGAGAAAUGAUCGGAGGAUCUGCUCCAAGGAUAAUCGCUAAUGGUAUGGUUGAAAUGUGUUGGACUCUGCCAUGUGGAAACAAGAGCAUUGAUGUCUUUCCUGAGGCAGUGGCUAUUGCUAAUUUAAGAGGAGAUGCUGGUUCUUUUGAAAAACAAUUCAGUUUCCUUACUCAGGUGUCCACAGCUGUCUUUGUCUUCCUGGACAGUGUUGAAGAAAACGAACAAAGGUUGUUUGCCUCUUUACAAGAAAUGAAGUCCAAAAUCUUUCUUGUGGUCAACUCUCAGAGAAAUAUGAACCAGAAUGUGAAGUCGUCUAUUGAGGCGGUAAUUGAUACUCUGCAACUGGGAAGAGACCACAUAAUUAAGAAAAGCCCAAAAGUGAAUUUGGCUACUUUUGCAAAGACAAUCAAUUCUGCCAUUAAGAGUGUUCUGUUACGUGAAUGUCACACAUCAUGUCAAAUUGAGUCCAUGAAGAACACUGCUCAGCAAUUAGGUCUUGGCAUUGAUGAAAGUGAAAACAAAGCCUCCAUUUCAGCAGAAGAAAUGGCAGAGAAAGUCAUGCAAACUAUUGGAGUUCGUCAAAUAACGGACUAUAAAAAGACACAGUUGCCACUACAAGGUGAAAAUUGGAAAAGACUGGCUAAAAUAGAAAAAGAGCAAUGUCGACUAAAAAAUUCCGGAAAAAUGAGCCUGGAGGAAUAUAAGGUUCAACUUCAAAAUGAAAAAAAGGGAAUUUGGAACAAACAACGCCAGUGUAAAAUGACAAGAACAAUGGAUGUGUUCAUAGAAGCUUUGUCAACCUCUGAUAACACUGAGCGAGCCUUCUUCCUGAAAUGGAUGGGACUAAAGAUGGAUAUGCGAUCACGCAAACACAUGUCAAGCCUUCGACACAAAUACAAAGAGUGUGAACAACAGAAAGACAGGGAUGCCAUAGCCCGAUUAGACCAGGAGCUCCUUGAUUGUUCUCUUGGCAUAGAGCACUACAUGAGGGAAAUGGGACAAAUCUAUGAGGCUGCUUCAUUUGGUUCAAAUAAAAUGUCUGACAGAAUUAGCAGUCUUCCUACUCUGGCUGCCAAACUGCUUCAAGCUGGGUUUCCUCUUGAACUACUUGAUGGAGAUGCAUCAAAUAUCCCAGAGAAAUGGGUGAGUGAAGUUCUCAUGGAGCUUCACAGGAUGGUUGGCCAGAAGAGCCGUUUGCUGGUUAUUACUGUGUUAGGGGUUCAGAGUACGGGUAAAUCAACACUACUCAACACUAUGUUUGGAGUUCAGUUUGCAGUGGGCAGUGGUCGAUGCACACGUGGAGCAUACAUGAUUUUCCUCCCUGUGGGUAAUGACUUGAAGGAGGAAUUACUUUGUGACUUUAUCCUUCUGAUUGAUACAGAGGGUUUGAAAUCACCAGUACUGGCACAACUGGAUGACAGUUAUGAACAUGACAAUGAGUUGGCCACAUUUGUGAUUGGUCUUAGUGAUGUAACCAUCAUCAAUAUAGCAAUGGAGAAUUCCACAGAGAUGAAGGACGUCUUACAGAUAGCAGUUCAUGCUUUUUUACGGAUGACAGACCUUGGUAAAAAAACAGUUUGUCAUUUUGUUCACCAAAAUGUUGCUGGUGUAUCUGCAUAUAACAAAAACCUGACUGAGCGAAAACAGCUCUUGGACCAACUAAAUGAGAUGACAACGAUUGCAGCUGCAAUGGAAAAGAAGCCUAAAAUAAAAAAAUUCACAGAUGUCUUGGAUUAUGAUGUGGAAAAGAACAACUGGUAUAUACCAGGCCUAUGGCAUGGAACACCGCCAAUGGCACCAGUUAAUACAGGCUACAGUGUGGCUGUACUUGAGUUCAAGAAAUCCCUCCUGGGUAUCCUUAAAGCAAGAAAGGAUGAAGAGCCCUCUCAGAUCCCAGAGUUCCUGCAGUGGAUGAGGAGCUUAUGGAAGUCAGUGAAAUUUGAGAACUUCAUCUUUAGUUUCAGAAACACUCUUGUGGCCCAAGCCUAUGACAACCUUUGGAAAGAGUUUUCUGAAUGGGAAUGGUCUUUCAGAAGACAUAUUCAAUCUUGGCUUUCAACUGAAAUAGUUCAACUAUCUAACACUGAAAAAAAUGGUACAAAUGUGAUUGUUGAGCCACUUAUAGAGAAAGCACACAAAGAGAUUACCUCUCAAAAAAAGAUAAUUAAUGAAAAACUAAAUAACUACUACAAAAAGAAAGAGCAACAUGUAUACUUGGUGGAAAAGUACAAAGCUGAUUUUGCUAAUAACAUAAGAUUUCUGGAGAUUGAAAUGAAGGAUGAAGUGAGAAAAAAAAUAGAUGCUGCUCUUGAGAUGAGAAGUAACAAGAAGAAAGUAGAAGACAUUCACAGAAAGCAAACUGCAAUGAUUGAGUGCCAAGUCCUUAAACUCCUGCAAAUUUACAAAGACCAAAAAGAUGAGGUGUCUGAUGAGCACCUUAAAGCUGAGUUUGAGAGAAUGUGGAAAAGUGAGGUGGCAAACAUCACUGGUCUAAAAGAAAGGGAUGUUCCUUCGGAUGUUUUGAGACAACUGCGAGCAAGUUUAGUCAAUCGCAAUGUCAUGGAGGAUUUGCACAAAGUUCAUGAUUUGACACAGUAUGGGCGAGGAGAAUUCCAGGUCAAAGACAAGCAUGUAAAAUGGGAAAAGAAAAUACAAAGUUUCUUCACACAGCGUAGUGCAAAGCAAGAUUUAGAGAUUACUGCAAAUGCUGUAAUUAAGUGCUGCGAUAAAAUCAUUCAGCAGCAUGUGCAAGAAAAAUGUGACUACCAAAACACAUUUACAAAAGAUGUGCUAGAGGAAAUUGAUAAACAGCUCCAACAGGCAGGUUCAAAAAUCAAUACCAAAUUUGAACUUGACCUUAUAUUGCACAUUUGUGGCAUUGCCUCUCGGAAAUUCCUUGAGAUGCACAGGAAAUUCCUCAGUGAGCAAGAUCCCUUUAAACAUUUGCAGAAAUUUAAGAGUCAGUAUCUCUCUGAUACCAUUGAUUUGUACAGAAAAAGGGACCAGUGCCACAGGAAAGCACGAGACUUCACUCAGCUCUGUCUCAAGCCAGCAGUGACCGAGUACAUCGACCAGUCCCUUGGACCUGACAUUGUUGAUGCAGUUCUUCUAAACAACCCAACUGAGUACAGUUCUCGAGUGAUGUUUCAGUACACAAUUCAAAAGGAGCUACUGGAAAAAUCAAACUUUGAUGAUUUUAAAAAGUACAUUUUGCAGUAUGAUGCAUAUGUUAAAGAUUGGAUAUACAAUCGUAUCGUAAAUUGCUUUUCCAAAGACAUAUCUCUGCAAAAUUUAAAAAUGAAGAAGUUGGACAUCAUAAUGAAGAAGAUCAUGAAAGCAAUGGAAGCCUCUAAGCUUGAAGACAAUGGCUCGCCUUUGCCCGAUAAUGCAGGAGGUACAACACGGUUGAUCCAGAACUUUUGCAAAUCUAUGAACUGUGUCAUCUCGAUAUCCAUGAACACGGUGGAAGGGGUCCUCUUUCAGAAUACCAGCUGUUGUGCUCCCUUCACCAAAAGUCUCUAUGAAUGUGUAGAUGACAUGAAACUACAGCUAACAGAUGAAAUCUCCAGGUCAACUGAUAUAAAAGAGACACUAAACAAUGUGUCUGUGAAGCCCCAAAAUGAGCUCUUUAAGAAGGUGUUUGGAUGUGGGAGAAAGUGUCCCUUUUGCAAAACACCAUGUGAGGCAGGAGGAAAGACACAUCAACAACACCAUGCAGCUGUGCACAGACCAAAAGGACUUUGUGGUUUCCCUAAUGCAAAGACUAAUACUCUCUGUGAAGAGAUCUGUACAUCUAGUGUACAUGGGAAUGGAACGUUUCAAAGUCAAGAAACAAAUUUUGAACCUCAUCUCUGCAAAGACUACCAGAAAUUCUACCCAGACUGGCAUAUUGCACCUGACAUAUCUAUAGAAGCCUCAGAUUACUGGAAAUAUGUGAUGGUGACAUUCAGUAAACAAUUUGCUGAAAGUUAUAAAGCAGAGCCAGCUGUGUAUCCAGAAGAAUGGAAGAAAAUCACUAAAGAGCAGGCUCUUAUUAGUUUGAAGAAUAACUUCAAUAUUAAAUGAGAAAACUUCCAAAAAGUCACGAUAAAUGUAUUGGCAAUUGUGAACAAAAUCCAACUAAACAACUAAGCAAUGAAAAAAAAACAAUGUCAGUUGAGCUGUCUUUUUGUUAUAAUGAAAAAAGAAUCUUCCCUGCUGACUAUUAUCUAAAUAUAUAACAAGUCUAACUUAAAGUGAUUUUCAGGGAGUUAAAUGGUUCCUAUUAAACAUAUGUGUACUGUAUGUCUACGGUGAUUUAAAAAAAAAUGGUUUGAUUAUUUCUGUAAUUGCAAUAUUCAUGAAAAUGUUACAAUUAUUAAUCAUGUUGUUACAACUUUGUUAAAAUGUCACAAUUAUGUUUAUUAAUUAAUUUCUGAAAUUCCAAUUAAUGCAUUUUUCAGAAUAUACUCUAUGAUCAUACAGUAUGGGUAUAUUCAUGAAUGAAUUGCAUGCACAAAUAUAUAAAUAUAUCUGCAAAGCAAAAUUGGUUGUGAGGGCAAGUUGUAUUACAAUUAUACAUUUAGAGAACUACUUUAAGAUAAACUAAUAAAAACAUAAUAAACGAAUAAACUCUCAUAUUCCUUCAAUCUGAAUCAAUUCAACAUUAUUGUCCUCAUACAUAUACUGUACAUGGGUAUAUAGUAUAAUGAAAUGUAGCUUAUCUACAUGGUGUAAACAUAUAACAUGGAUUUAGGAUUUUUAAAGAUUUUAUACAUAAUAUGAGUUAUGUUCUCCAUACGUAAUACUUUACAUUAUAAAUGUUAUAUGCCAAGCAUAAUGUCUUAUAAUGAAUGACAUAAGCAUAUAUAAAUGCUUAACAGAUUUUUGUGGACCAGAUUAUGAAGCAGAAGUGUUAGGAGACCUAAAUAUAUACAACCCCGAUUCCAAAAAAGUUGGGACGCUGUGUAAAAUGCAAAUAAAAACAGAAUGCAAUGAUUUGCAAAUCUCAUAAACCCAUAUUUUAUUCACAAUAGAACAUAGAAAACAUAUCAAAUGUUUAAA